GAAAAUCCGACUGUGCAUGCGUGGAGCGGGAGCCGGGAGUACAGCCCCAACCCGAAGGCACCUCUGCAGGGGGAGACUGGAGAUUGUCUUUCCCGUCGGAGACGCCGGACACUCCAACCCAAACAAAUAGGUUACUCCUCAAGUGGAGAGGCAGCAUCUACAAACUACUGUACAGAGAAUUUAUUGUUUUUGCUGUACUUUACACAGCAAUAAGCUUGAUGUACAGGUACUUUCCUUUGCAUGUGUUCUUAAAUGACCAUCAAAUAGCAUAUAUGAAUACAGUCUCAAAAAUCCAAGUCCUUUGGUUGCCUCUGACUUUUGCAUUAUGUAAUCUCCUCCUUUGCAUGAUUCUCUGUCGCCUUCUUCUCCCUGGGGCUGAAUAUCUUAAUCCACACCUAACCAUUUUUGAGAUGUUAAAUGGACUCUAACCCAUCGUGUUUAGGUGGUUAUUCCAGCCCCACUUUAACUGGUCAUGAUGAAGUAUUAUUUGUGCUUCAGGAAUUUUGCUCCAGGCAAAAAAUGAAAGAUUUAUACCUAGAUCCUCCCUGAGUGAUGAUUUUUACCAUUCAAAAUCAUUAUUAGUGCCUCUGAAUGAUAUCAUCCAUAGUUUGAGUUUAUGAUUUGACUACUUGCAGCGACUACUUACAUAAUUAACACUUUCAUAAAUAGUGUAAAUCAGGCAACUUUCCUUCCUUUUUCCUGGAAUGACAACAUCUUAUCCAAGAUGGUGCCCCCAAACUUACCAAUAUCUCAAUUAAAGAAAAAGGCUAAAAACGAAUUUAUUUUCUUCAUAUCUUCAAAGUUGAGGGCACAUUAUAUUCACAAAAGAUGUUUAUUCUUUAUAACCUCACAAACUUUGCCUGUCAGAUUGACAGGUAAUUUGAGCAACAUUAUGUCCAUGAAAUACUUUUAUGACUAAAAAUUAUAGUCUUAAAAAAUUUUAUCAGUGUUAUAAAUGGGAAGCUCCAUGAGUUCUUUUAAUUAAUAUUGAUUGCAUAAUUUCUUCUCAGGGAGAAGUUAAAACUUAAAAUAGGAACGUUAAAGGUUUUUGAGGCUGUAUUUCCACCUUUUCUGUGCCUAUCAGUCUGUUCUUUCCCUUCCGCAUACCAUGAACAAAUUUGCGUGUCAUUGCUCUCACCUAUAUUCUUCCUUGCAGCAACAGGACCCCAUGUGGAGAAGAGGGAAGUUAAUUUGACUGGUCAGCAGUGACCAAAAGUGAACAGUUAUUUUGCUAUAUAUCAAAACUACUGUUCCAAAAAAAUGUAUAUAUUGGUAUACAUUUUGGCAAAAUAUCUUUAAAAGGGAAUUUUUAUUGAAAACCUCUAAUUAUUUUUUUAAUAAAUCCUCUAAAUACAGUAUUAUUUUGACAAUUUAUUUAUAUGGCAUCCAGUCCUUCACAAUAUCAAAUGGUGGAGGAAGACACAUGACGUUUCAGGAUAAUUGUCUCAUUCGUUUAUUUUUACUAAUGUGUAUUUAUUGCUGCUGCUGCUGCUUAGAAUAGAAUAGCUCUUAGAACAGUUGCAUCAUAGCCAGAGAUGCUCCACUGGGCCUUAAUUUUGGCUCCAAUGUCUUAUUUAUUUCCCACAAAAUUGUACGCGUAUAUUUUUUCUAAAGACCAAAAAGUGCUUGUGUUUAUAACAAUCAUCAUUAGUUCAAGCCAUUUUUCAUUCUCUAAAUUUCAAAUGUAAAAGCUUAUUAAAAUAGAUCCUUUAAUCUUGAUCAAAGCUCUACCAAGAACUACAGGCUGAAUCUGUCGGGCAAGUCAGACAUACCUGUAGACAAAUAUAGACAUAGUUUCAUUCUCAUAUCCACUAACAAUGCUAAAAUUGUUUAAUCCCAUUAUAAGCAAAUAGUUAUGCUUGUCAAAAAUCAUAAGAUAGAACCAGAAUUCACUAGUUUGAUUAUCUCUCUUUGUAUUUGGGGAUACGUUUGACAAAAUACUUGCUGUAGUACCUUCUGGCUAGUGAAAUUUCUGUGUCUAUUAGCUUAAUAUUUUUUCCUUUGACCACUUUAUUAUUGACUAUGACAUUAUACGCUAAGUGGUUUUAUAUAUCAUGUAUUCUCUAAUCCUCCUAACAUCUCUGAUACACAGGUAUUAUUAUUAUUAUCCUCAUUUGCAAAUGAGAAAACUGAGACUCAGAGAGAUUUAAAAAUAUGCUUAAAAUCCAAAUCUGUAAGUGGCAGAUCUGGGACUCAAGCAUGGCUCUGUGAGGCUCUAUGGUCUGUGCUGUCCACAUUUAAUUCUCUCUGACCAACUCAAUUUGAGUACCAGAAACCAUUUUGGCUGUAACUUGUCAUCAGCCUCAUCUUGAGAGGCCUAUCCACCAGGUGAUGCCUUGCCUGUAAUCUUUUCUUGACUGCAGAAUUUCUGACACCCCCUCCAAAGCUACGGCUGCACCCUCAGCUUUGGGCACUCCAAGCCCACCCCGAAUCCCACACACCUUCUUAGCACCAGCUCCCAGCUCUUCACCAGCAAUCUGACUGGUGGUUCACUGUCACCUCAUUAUCCCUCCGCUUCCUUCCUCAAAGCUGUACUGAUCCAAAUAGGCCUCUGACAUACGCUAUGGCGUUUCCAAGGGAGUCCUGAUUCUUUUGGAACAGCUGCAUUCAUUCGUUUAUUCAAAUUCAUCCGUGAUGCUUUCUUUCCAGAUUUCAAUCAUUAUUAUUAGCCUGUCUUGAGAUAUCUCUUCUGAUUCUAAAUCUCCCCCUUGAAACAUAAAUAUCAAUAAUAGCUCUAUUAAAUGGAUUCAUGUUUAACAAUACCAGAAAAUGGGUUUCUGUCAGAUCUAUAAUGUAAAUUUUGAUAUUUUUAUACUAUAGAAAUAAAAACUCAUCACAUAUAAUAAUAAAAAUUUCACUUCUAGCUGUUGAAUCUGUGUUGUUGUUUUAUAUUUUAAAUAACUCUAGGCUUUAAAAUAAACAGUUAUAACAUCCCUUGAGGUAUAACACACAUAACCAAGAAUGUACUGAGAAGAAUAUUCAUGAGAAAGUAAGAACAAGAUGUCAAAUCCAGGGUUAUUAUUUAAUAAUUACUUAAUAAGCAUAUUCCAAUAAUAAGCAUAAUUAAGACAUUCUUUUUUAAGUACACAUGUUUAAUAAUUGGAUAAUGGAUUCCUUUAUGAAGUAUUUUGCUCCAAAUCCCAUGCAUUAAUCAUAUAAAAAUUAAAAAAUAUAAAACAUUCAAAAUAAAAUGGAUUACUAUGACCCACUGUCUAAUGACCAAUAACAUUUAUGUACUAAAACAUUAGUACUUAAAACGUUCAGCAGUUAAAAAGCUUUUGAGAUACAUCAGCUUAGGUAUAAAAGGAAAAGCUACUGCUCCUUUAAAAAAAAACUGGGAUUAUUUUUGCUUAAUUGUUUGCAGUGAAUGUCACUUGCAAAGCAGGUGCAGAAGUAUAAUAUCAUAAAGGGCUGUGCAUUUUAUUUUUGCUCCAGAUUGUUACUUACAGGAGCCCAAAAACGUUUCUUUGAAAAAUUAUCAAUUUACUGUGACAGAUAUGCUGAACAAAUUCCAGUAACCUUUGUGCUUGGCUUUUAUGUUACUCUCGUAGUGAAUCGAUGGUGGAACCAGUUUGUGAAUCUGCCCUGGCCAGACAGGCUGAUGUUUCUCAUCUCCAGCAGUGUUCACGGAAGUGACGAACACGGGCGCCUGCUCCGGAGGACGCUGAUGCGCUAUGUCAAUCUCACCUCCCUGCUCAUCUUCCGCUCAGUCAGCACAGCCGUGUACAAAAGGUUCCCCACGAUGGACCACGUGGUUGAAGCAGGUUUUAUGACAGCAGAUGAAAGAAAAUUAUUUGACCACCUCAAAUCUCCUCAUCUGAAAUACUGGGUUCCAUUCAUCUGGUUUGGAAAUCUCGCAGCUAAAGCCCGGAAGGAAGGUAGAAUCAGAGACAGUGUUGAUCUUCAAUCACUGAUGACUGAAAUGAACCGAUUUCGCUCCUGGUGCAGCCUCUUAUUUGGUUAUGACUGGGUCGGGAUUCCGCUGGUUUACACCCAGGUGGUCACGCUGGCUGUCUACACCUUCUUCUUUGCCUGCCUGAUCGGACGCCAGUUUCUGGAUCCCACCAAAGGCUAUGCGGGGCAUGACUUAGAUCUUUACAUUCCAAUCUUCACUCUCCUACAGUUCUUCUUCUAUGCAGGAUGGCUCAAGGUAGCUGAGCAGCUUAUCAAUCCUUUUGGAGAAGAUGAUGAUGAUUUUGAAACUAACUGGUGCAUUGACAGAAAUCUGCAGGUCUCUCUUUUGGCUGUGGAUGAAAUGCACAUGAGCUUACCCAAAAUGAAGAAGGAUAUUUACUGGGAUGAUUCUGCUGCUCGUCCACCAUACACACUGGCUGCUGCUGACUACUGCAUACCCUCGUUUCUGGGGUCAACCGUCCAAAUGGGGUUGUCUGGGUCCGACCUGCCGGGUGACGAGUGGUUGUGGGAUUUUGAGAAGCACGGUCAUCGCCGUUCGGUGAUUAGAAGAGUCAAGAGGUUCCUGAGCGCUCACGAACAUGCCUCAAGCCCCAGGAGGAGAAGCUACGGGAGGCAGGCCAGCGACAGCUCCAUGUUCUUCCCCCCGAGCGACCUCAGCCCAACCAGGGAUCUGCUGGAUGUGCCUCCAAGGAGCCAUCACCGUGCCUCGGCCGCCGGGAAGCACCCCCGGUCUCCAAAGGGGAGUCCCAAGCUGCACUCCAGCCUGGGAGAGCUGUCCACCAUCCGAGAGACCAGCCUGAGUCCACAGUCCAGUGUGAGGGGCUCCCCCACCAAAAUGCCGCAGGUCUCCGAGGUACUGGCCACAGCCACCAAAGCACUCGUGCCUGUGGCAGAGUACGACCACCGUGACUCCACGGCCUCCAUCCAGAGCUCCGACUUUACAGGGGUUCAGCCCAGCAGGCCUGAGCAGCAGGAGGACCCUGUGGGGUCGGUCCCAUUCUCCUCCGAGAAAGGGGUGCCUCCCAGGGACCCUCGUUCCCAGACUGUUCCAGCCAAAGCUGAGAAAAGCAGCCUCAAGUCUGCCUCUGAGGAAGACCCUCAUGAGAAGGACAAGUCCCCCCAAAAGUGGAGGCUCCUGGAGUCCAGCCGCACCUCCCUGGCACGCCUGAGUCUGGAUCCCAUGAACCCUGAGCCACUUCCUUUCUUGGACCCAGAAACAUCCUCAGAGACCAGUGGAAUCACCUUUGCGGCUGGUCCUCGAGUCUCUCCUGAUGUGCUGUAUCUAAUGGAAAACCUGGACACCAAAGAAACGGAUAUUGUAGAGUUCAACAAUGAUCAGACGGAGGAGUCUCCCAAGGGAAGGCCAGAACAUUCUAGGACCUGGUUCUAGCCUAGAGUCUUACUUCCCCAAAAGUUCAAGCGGUAGUUCCAGAACAUACCUGGGGGCUGGUCAAUUUUUUUUGAAAUGAUCAUGCUGUGUAAGCUACUUAAAACUUUGAAGGGCAUUAUGAUACUGACAUUAUGGGAAGAUCAAACACAUUCAUGCUAUCUAACACAAAGUGACUUUCAUGGAAGUUACACAGACCACAGUGAUGUACCUUAAAUAAGGAAUCAUAUAAAUUCAUAGGUUGUUAUAAAUUAUAAAUUCAUAGAUUGCCUUAUAAAUUCAUAGAUUGUUAAGCUUUGAAAAAGGCUUUAUAGAUCGCAGUCUGAUCCCUUAGUUUUGCCAAAAGGGAGAUCAAUGAUUCUCUCUUCCCCUUUUUUUCCCCCGUUUCUUCUUUUCUUCAGUUAUAAAGACAGGGAGAUGGAUCAUAUGAUGCCUCAAAAGCCCCCUCCUAAUGCCAAUUUCCCUGUGUGAGGCUUUCUCACCAUCUCACUCCGCUUUCUAUAACUAUUAUCAUUUCCUAAUUCUUAAGUUUCAUCAGCAUCAGGAAGCUCCAUCUCCCUUCAAUUUUCGUUUCAAUUUUCAGCACUUAAUUUUCCUCUCAUCUGCCUUUAUUUCCUCAUCCUUUUAUCCUUCUCGUGCCCCUAGUCUUGCUCCCUCUCCAGUGACUCUAGUCCAUCCCCCACUUUCAGGCUGUAAUGUUUUCUCCGGCCGACUCUGUUGCUUACUCCUGCCAUGAUUUUCAAGGAGGUUUUGGCAAAGUUUCCGAGGGAGCAAUUAAAGUGUCAGUACACCCAGCCUGACUUCUCGCAGCCUCACAGGAAGGGGCGUGGGAGCUUUCUGUUCCCCACCACCCCCUCUCAGCCGCGGCCGUCUCCUUCUGCAGCCAGUCUUAGGUCCUGAAUACUGGAGAAGCCAUGAGGGCAUGAGAGCUGCAUAACCAAAUGCUUCAGAAGCAAAUAACAAGGUUUGAAACCAUUCCACUCCGACUUUUUAAGUAAAAAUCCCCAUUAUGUCACAACACGGGACCAGUUCCUGUGUCUGGCAGGUUGUCUGGGAUGAAGUAGGGUAUUGGAGCUGGGAGGUUAGGGAGUCCAGGAUCACAAUGGGGAGGGGACAUUGACUAACUUCCUCCAAGGAGUUCUUGGUCUUAUCUGCUGGGGGCUCCCAACUUUGCCCGGAAGGCCAUGUCUAAAGAAUACUGCUCUAUUUCGGUCAUAUGAUGAAGCUUGACUGCAAGCUUAAGAAACAAAAUAAUCCUAAUUGCUACCACUUAUUGAGUGUUCACAAUAGCAUGUAAAGUUCACAGAUAAUCCUACUAAUCCUCACAGGAAUCCCAUGAAUUGAUAUACUAUUAGCUCUAUUAUUUUUUUUUUUAACCUUGGCUCUGACAGUCCCGUUUAUUUUUUAGUUUUUUUUAACUUAUUCAUUUUUUCAUUGAAUGAUAAUUGCUUUACAGAAUUUUUUUGCUUUCUGUCAAACAUCAACAUGAAUCAGCCAUAGGUUCUAUUUUUUACCUAUUUUUAAUCUAUUUUUUAAAGAAGUCUUUUGUUUCUUAAUGUUAGUUAUUAUUCUCUUAUUCAAAUAAUAUACCUUAGACCAAUGCUUGUUUGCUUUCUUUCUUUUUUUUUUUUUUUUUUUUUUUGACUGCAUGUCAUGUGGGAUCUUAGUUCCUGGACCAGGGAUUAACCUCAACCCCCUGCAGUUAAAACCAUGGAGUCUUAACCACUGGAACACCAGGGAAGUCCCUAUCUCCAUUUUAAAGAUGAAGAAAACAGAGGCUUCAGAGAAAUAACUUGACUAAAAUGACCAAACUAGGAAAUGGCAGGGCUCAGAUUCAAGCCCAGGUCUCUCUGACUCAGAGCCCACACUCUGGUCCAGCAUGUUUCAUCCCUCUUCUAUGUUGUCUGUAGGGCCCUGAAUCUGCCAGCAUUUUGCCCAGAAUUCUGGAGGAUGCCCCACGGGAGCUGGGCAUAAGACUCUCCAGCCUUGGAGGCCUGUCCCAGUCCUCCCCGUUGAAGUCCACCUUGACCUUUUAUGCAUGCACACAGGAGGGCAGUGUUCCAGCAUGAAGCCUAGCCAUGGUCCUCUUCAUUUCUGUGACAGAAGAAAAUUAACAGAACCCUCACCUCCCUUCCCCAACUUCUCCCAACAAGCAGUGUUAUACAUAGCACGUUUUUACAAGACAUGGCACCCAACCGGCCACCCCAGCAGCAUGACAGCAAUGACAUUUACUUGAACUAACUUUUUGCGAAGAGCUAAAAGGUCAUAACAUUGGAAGAAAUGGUAUCCUUUGAUGGUUCUCUAUAUUGGUCAACAGUGUUACACCUGGGAAAGGUACCUGCAUUCCUGAAGCAUUAUCUACAGACUAUGAAGUCAGGCCCCAAUGCAACACAGCUAUAACACAGGAUCCCUAACCUUUCCCACACUCUUUUCUUUAAAACACUUACUUGUUUAUUUGGCUGUAUCAGGUCUUAGGUGCAGCACAUGGGCUUCUCUAGUUGCAGAGCAUAGGCUUCUCUCUAGUUGUAGCACGUGGGCUUAGAUGCCCCAUGGUACGUGUGAUUUUAGUUCUCUGACCACAGAUGGAACCCAAGUACCCUGAUUUGGAAGGCGGGUUCUUGCCACUGGACCACAAGGGGUGUCCCUCUUCCGAUCUCUAAAUGCUAUUUUCUUGUAUGUUUCAAUUUAAAUCUUCUAAUCUCUUCUCUUUGGCUUUAUCUAUUGCUCAAAUUCAAAUAAGCUUCUACUUAGCUGCUUUUGAAAUAUAAUCAAUUUCUGUCCCUAAAUCCAAGGUGAUAAAUUAUACACAACUAGAAUCAUACAUUUUGUGGAGGACUAGGAGGGUUCAUUUAUCUUUGGCUCCCUCCACCUUUGUCCAAAGAAUUAUUUAACUUCCUCAGUAUUUCAUCAAAAUUUGAGGUGGCCUCUAUUUCCUCCUUGCACUGAAAACUAAAUAAUGGCUCCUUCAAUGAGUCCAUGUGGUUGAAUUCAGCUAUAAAUUCCUGCCAACAGUUGCCUAGAUCAGAUGAAGAAAUUCCCUAUAAAGUGAGUUUAUGGAGACAGACCGAAGUGGCAAAAACAAAAUAAUUUCUUCUCCUGUGCCUGAUUUUAUUGUCCGCCAAGCCCAUUUUCACCUAAAUUCUGGAAACUUCCACCUGCUGGAUGAAUGUUCAUAACAACCAGCAGCUUAGUCGUUUGGGCUUAUCCUUUCCAAGAACAGGCUCAGCUCUGCUCUGCAUUAAAUGUAAUCCGCAAGCCAGAGGUGCAAUGAGGCCAAGCCCUACUUAUUGCAUUCUCCUUCUGUUCUCCAGAAAUGACAACUCUGCCCUGAUGCUUGGGUCCACAGGUCAGUAAAGAUAAAGGCCCAGGAGCUUUUUCUCUGUCAUCUAAGAAUUUAGGGAUAACUGCCCACUCCAAAACAAAGAAGGCUGUUCUCUCCUCUCUGUAAUGGUCCUGUCUAUUUCUUGGGUCACUGCCUUCACUACUCCAGGCAUCCACUGCAGCCCAGCUCAGCUAAACUCUGGAAAAUAUAUUUUAAAUAGAAUGGAGAAAUAUAUAAUUUACCAUUAGUCUAAAGAAAAAACUCACUUAACCUUCGUACACCUCUCUUUUUAAGUGUUUCCCCCUCUAGCUUCCUCCUUCUCCAGAGAAACUGAUUCAAUCCUCAGUCAUCAUUCUGAGAUCUUCCUAUCAUAAACUCUGCUGUCUGAGAAUUUGCUGAGGCCAGGCAGCCAUGUGGUAUGACAGAGACGCCCAGUGUGUGGCUCGUCUCCCAGGGGCUUUGUGAACUUCAGUGAUUCAGUGAGCCCCCUCCUUCUGUCUCUCAUAUUCCUAUCUGUGAAAUGGGUUCUUCUCUGCCCCACCUCACUGGCCAUCGUGACAAAUUGAGGGAGUUUAUGUGAAAGGCAGGGAGCCCCAGGCAGCACUGUGUGGGUGAUGGGUCUGACUGGGAAUUGAUGUCUCCAUAGAUCUGGCACAAACUGCAGAAAAAAAGACAUCAGUCAUUUGCUUAUCAGGAUCCCCUGUUUUCCAGGAUUCUAAUCUCCUUCAUCCAGAAAGCUUCCAGUUUCUCUUUUGACUUCAUUUCCUCCCCCCAAAUGCUUCUUGAUGUCUCAUACAUCCUCCUUUUCUCCAGUUUUUCUCAUUCCUUCAGUCCCCACAAUAGACCAGCCUCAUCACCAUGGUGACAAACUCUGCCCCUAACCCAUUUUACAUAUCAAUUCUCUCAAUCAAAAUGUGGAACUAGAAAAUUUCCUGGCUGUCCAGUGGUUAAGACUCUUGAGUUUCCACUGCAGGUGCUGUGGGUUUGAUCUCUUAGUUAGGGAACUAAGAUCCCAUAAGCUGUAUAGUGCAGCCAGGAAAAAAAAAAAAAGAAUUAGAACAUGGAGAUGUUCUAAUCUAAUUUAAAAAAAAGUGGAACUAGAGAAUGAUCAAUUGCAUUUGUCCUUUUCACUACAAUUCUAGAGGAUUUAACCUUCUUUUUUGUUUUGCUUUCUUUGAUUUUUUUAUUCUCUAGUUUUGGGGAGUGGCAGUUUCUCUCUACUUGCUUCUCAUUGCAGUGGUUUCUCCUGUUGCCAAGAACUGGCUCUAGAGCGCACAGCUCAGUAAUUGUGACACACAAGCUUAGUUGCCCCUUUGCGUAUGGAAUCUUCCUGAACCAGGGAUCAGACCCAUGUCCCCUGCAUUGGCAGACAGAUUCUUAACCACUGGACCACCAGGGAGGCCCGAGGAUUUAACAUCUCUGGUUUGCAAUUAGAAGACCCUCUUAGGGCAUCAAUCUUCCUAAACCUGGCCCUAUAUCAGUUAAGAGUGAAUAAUAACUACAACUAUAAAAGAAAUUUCUAAACAAGAGCAAAAUUAAAAUCUAAUUCCCUUCCCUCUUCACAAUCAUCCUCUACACGACCAACCUCAGUCAUUUUCUGAUGUGCCCGUGCUGUGGUGUCAAUAGGAAUAACGAAAGAUUUUCCUCAUUUUGUCUUUCAAACAAUCUCAGGUAGAUCGUCAAUCCUUUCACAUGCUUUCCAUUUUUCUUGGUUCUAUGAACCCUAAUUUUUAGGACAGUAUUUUCAUGGCAAUGAUUAUUGAGUCAAAAGAAGCCAUUCAAGAAUACCAAGAUUGUUCUUGUAUUGCGAAUCUUAGACAACCCCAGCUGUGGCAAAAAGAAAACUGAAGCAAUUACCCUGGAAAACAGGGGCACAAAAAACACAUUGACCUUAAUUACUCUAUUAAAUCUGUGUGGAGAUUUUGUUUUUGUGUUUUGUUUCUGAAUUAGUUCAGAAAAUGGGCCUCAGUUCUCCUUUCACCACAAGUAGAUUUGGCCAGAUGAUUACCUAGAACCAUCUUUUCUGUUUGUUUCACUUUGUUUUUGGCUGUGUGCCGUGCAGGAUCUUAGUUCCCCAACUAGGGAUCGAACCUGUGCCCCAGCACUGGAACCAUGGAGUCUUAACCACUGGACCACUAGGA